AUGCUCCGCAACCGGCCAGUUAGCAGCAGCUCGAGCUUGAUGCUGGCCAGAUUUAACAGUUCGUCGUCGAGUGGAUCCGCUAGUACAGUUGCUGAAGAAGACCCCUCUUCGGCUUCUUCUGUCUCGUCAGAAGCUACUUCUAACGCUUCAGAAGUAUCUGAGAGCGUAAACGAAAGUGCAGAUGCUGGACCGUUGGAUGCAGCUGAACAGGCCAUUGCCGUGGAAGAGGAGAUGGCCCAUAUUAGAAGAUUGUUCAAGUCAAGACAAGUGUCGGAGACAGAAUCUAAAGUAGAUAUGUCUCCAGAGAUGCAAAAGAAAUUAGACGAUGAGUUCAAUAAUUUCCUGCGAGAGUUUCUCGUGGAGAACGACUUUUUAGAAGAGUUCUUGUCAGUGGUGAAUGUCGACGAUACAAAGUCGUCGGAUGUGAAGAGCAUUCUUUCAAUCAAGGCACAAGGGUCUGAAAAGUCGAUCGACGAGUCUGGAAAUAUCAAGGGACAAGUGCAGUUCCCAAAUGUUGUGCACAGCGAAAUCGAUGAGCCCUAUACUUCACAGGAGCUGUAUUUGCGAAGACUGUUCCAUGCGUCGAGCGUUUCAGGACUGGGGUCCACCAUUAGCAAUGUAUAUAAACCACACCAGGACAUUUUCUCGCCUCCAAGCAUCAGACAGACAUCUAUCAACACUUUAUUAGCGGCUGGUGCCCAUCUGGGCCAUUCGACGUCGAUGCUGCGUCAGAACAACCAGCAGUUUGUAUACGGUAUCCGAGAUGGCAUUCACAUCAUCGAUUUGGAGCAGACUCUAACGUACUUGCGACGAGCUGCUAAUGUCGUGCAAGGAGUUUCGGAGAAAGGAGGUGUUAUUUUGUAUGUGGGUACUUUGGAAGGACAGGAGAAGUCGUUACAAGUGGCUGCCAACAGAUCUAAUGGAUACUAUGUCCAUUCCAGAUGGAUUCCAGGAACUUUGACCAACUCUUCUCAAGUAUCAGGCAGUUGGGCACGACACGAGGUGGAUAUGGCUGAUGCACCCACCGGUCGUAAACUGGCUCCUAAUCUUCAUAAGACCAUUGUAAAGCCCGAUCUUGUGGUGAUUUUGAACCCUGUUGAGAACAGAAACCUAAUCCACGAAUGUUUGGCCACCAGAAUUCCUACUAUUGGUAUUAUUGAUACCAACUCGGAGCCCUCAUUAGUGACGUACCCCAUUCCUGCUAAUGACGACUCGCUGCGUACCAGCGACCUCAUUGUGGGUAUUCUGUCCAAGUCUGCUCAACGCGGUCGCAACAAGCGAUUGGCUGAAUACACUCAAUACCAACGCGAAGCCACCGAAUCCGAGCAAACCAAUGCAUUCAACACUCACGAACACACCUCUUCUACCACUGCCGACUCCAUCGUCCCAGAAGAGGACCUCGCCAACCUCGCGGCCCAAGAAACCCGCUCCAGAAGAAGAGCCCCAAAAUCGGGUCUCUCCGCCUAA